AUGUCAGCCAAAGCCAUCUCUGAGCAGACAGGGAAGGAGUUCCUGUACAAGUACAUCUGCACCUCCUCUGCCAUCCAGAACCGCUUCAAGUAUGCUCGGGUGACGCCUAGCAGUGACUGGGCACGGCUCACCCAGGACCACCCCUGGCUGCUGAGUGAGCGUUUGGUGGUGAAGCCAGACCAGCUCAUCAAGAGACGUGGCAAGCUUGGGCUGGUUGGCAUCAACCUUACCCUGGACCAGGUGAAGGCUUGGCUCAAGCAGUGCCUGGGCCAGGAGAUCAUGAUUGCCAAUGCCAAGGGAAUCCUGAAGAAUUUCCUGAUUGAGCCCUUCGUGCCCCACAAGCAGGAGGAGGAGUUCUAUGUCUGCAUCUACGCUGCCCGGGAGGGAGACUUUGUGCUCUUCCACCAUGAAGGGGGAGUGGAUGUGGGAGAUGUGGAUGCCAAGGCUCAGAAGUUGCUUGUGGCAGUGGAUGAGAAGCUCAGUGAGGCAGAUGUGAAGAAGCAUCUCCUGCAGCAUGCCCCAGCAGACAAGAGAGACAUCCUGGCGAGCUUCAUCUGUGGCCUCUUCAACCUCUAUGAAGAUCUGUACUUCACCUACCUCGAGAUCAAUCCCUUAGUGGUGACUGCUGCUGGGGUCUACAUCCUGGACCUGGCUGCCAAGAUCGAUGCCACUGCUGACUACAUCUGCAAAGUGAAGUGGGGGGACGUGGAGUUCCCCCCCCCCUUUGGCAGAGAGGCUUACCCAGAGGAGGCCUACAUUGCUGACCUGGAUGCCAAGAGUGGAGCCAGCUUGAAGCUGACUAUUCUGAACCCCAAGGGCAGGAUUUGGACCAUGGUGGCUGGUGGUGGUGCCUCUGUGGUGUACAGUGACACCAUCUGUGACCUGGGGGGGGUGAAUGAGUUGGCCAACUAUGGGGAGUACUCAGGAGCCCCAAGUGAGCAGCAGACCUAUGACUAUGCCAAGACCAUUCUGUCCCUCAUGACCCGAGAGAAGCACCCUGAAGGUAAGAUCCUGAUCAUUGGAGGCAGCAUUGCAAACUUCACCAACGUGGCAGCCACCUUCAAGGGCAUUGUGAGAGCCAUCAAGGACUACCAGGGGCCCCUGAAAGAGCACGAAGUGAGGAUCUUUGUGCGCAGAGGAGGCCCAAACUACCAGGAGGGGUUGCGUGUGAUGGGAGAAGUUGGGAAGACCACUGGCAUCCCCAUCCAUGUCUUUGGCACUGAGACUCACAUGACUGCCAUCGUGGGCAUGGCACUGGGGCACCGACCCAUCCCCAACCAGCCUCCAGCUGCUGCCCACACAGCCAACUUCCUGCUCAAUGCCAGCGGCAGCCCCUCGACCCCAGCCCCCAGCAGGACAGCUUCCUUCUCAGAGUCCAAGCCAGAUGACAGUGCUCCAGCCAAGAAGGCAAAGCCAACAGCACCCCUGGGUAAUGUGUCCUGUUGUGCUCUGCCCCUGGCAGGCAAAGCCACGACGCUGUUCAGCCGCCACAGCAAGGCCAUCAUCUGGGGGAUGCAGACCAGGGCAGUGCAGGGGAUGCUGGACUUUGACUACAUCUGCUCCAGGGAUGAGCCCUCUGUGGCUGCCAUGGUUUAUCCCUUCACUGGUGACCACAGGCAGAAGUUCUACUGGGGGCACAAGGAAAUCCUGAUUCCAGUGUACAAGAACAUGGCAGAUGCCAUGAGGAAACACCCAGAGGUGGAUGUGUUAAUCAACUUCGCCUCGCUGCGCUCUGCCUACGACAGCACCCUGGAGACCAUGAACUACCCACAGAUCCGCACCAUUGCCAUCAUCGCCGAGGGCAUUCCAGAGGCCCUGACACGCAAACUGAUCAAGACAGCUGACAAGAAAGGGGUCACCAUCAUUGGGCCUGCAACUGUUGGUGGGAUCAAACCAGGCUGCUUCAAGAUAGGCAACACUGGGGGCAUGCUGGAUAACAUCCUGGCAUCCAAGCUGUACCGGCCUGGCAGCGUGGCCUACGUGUCGCGCUCUGGGGGCAUGUCCAACGAGCUCAACAACAUCAUUUCCAGGACCACUGAUGGGGUCUAUGAGGGGGUGGCCAUCGGAGGGGACAGGUACCCUGGCUCCACCUUCAUGGACCACGUCCUGCGCUACCAGGACACGCCAGGGGUGAAGAUGAUUGUGGUGCUGGGAGAGAUUGGAGGCACAGAGGAGUACAAGAUCUGCAGGGGCAUCAAGGAGGGUCGGAUCACCAAGCCAGUGGUGUGCUGGUGCAUUGGGACCUGUGCCACCCUGUUCUCCUCAGAGGUGCAGUUUGGCCAUGCAGGAGCUUGUGCCAACCAGGCCUCAGAAACUGCUGUGGCAAAGAACAAAGCCCUGAAGGAAGCUGGGGUAUUUGUGCCCAGGAGCUUCGAUGAGCUGGGAGAGGUCAUUCAGUCUGUCUACCAGGAUCUGGUGGCCAGGAGAGUGAUUGAGCCAGCUGAGGAAGUGCCUCCUCCAACAGUGCCAAUGGAUUACUCCUGGGCCAGGGAGCUGGGUCUGAUCCGCAAACCUGCGUCCUUCAUGACCAGCAUCUGUGACGAGAGGGGCCAGGAGCUGAUCUAUGCUGGCAUGCCCAUCACAGAGGUCUUCAAGGAGGAGAUGGGUAUUGGAGGGGUCCUGGGCCUGCUCUGGUUCCAGAGGAGGCUGCCCAGGUAUGCCUGCCAGUUCAUCGAGAUGUGCCUGAUGGUGACUGCAGACCACGGCCCUGCUGUGUCCGGAGCACACAACACCAUCGUCUGUGCCAGGGCUGGCAAGGAUCUUGUCUCCAGUCUCACCUCUGGCCUGCUCACCAUUGGUGACCGCUUUGGUGGAGCCCUGGAUGCUGCAGCCAAGAUGUUCAGCAAAGCCUUUGACAGUGGCAUCAUCCCUAUGGAGUUUGUCAAUAAGAUGAAGAAAGAAGGGAAGUUGAUCAUGGGCAUUGGCCACAGAGUCAAAUCAAUCAACAACCCAGACAUGAGGGUGCAGAUCCUCAAAGACUAUGUGAAGCAGCACUUUCCUGCCACCCCUCUGCUGGACUAUGCGCUUGAAGUGGAGAAGAUCACAACCUCCAAGAAGCCAAACCUGAUCCUGAACGUGGAUGGCUUCAUUGGGGUUGCCUUCGUGGAUGUGCUGAGGAACUGUGGCUCCUUCACACGGGAAGAAGCAGAUGAGUACAUUGACAUAGGGGCCCUGAAUGGCAUCUUUGUGCUGGGCAGGAGUAUGGGAUUCAUUGGACAUUACCUGGACCAGAAGAGGCUGAAGCAAGGCCUGUACAGGCACCCCUGGGAUGACAUCUCCUACGUCCUACCAGAGCACAUGACCAUGUGA